UUGUCAUUCUCUCUCACUUGCUCAGUGUGAGACUCAAAGAAAAUGGCUGAGGCUGAUAUGCCGACAGAUCAGGAGCGGUUCAGCUGUCCAGUGUGUAAGGAACUCCUAAAGGAUCCUGUAAAGACUCCCUGUGGCCACAAUGUCUGUAAGAUGUGUAUUGAUGAAUUCUGGGAUAAAGAAGAUCAGAGUGGGGUUUACAGCUGCCCUCAGUGUAAAGUGGAACACAAAACAAGGCCUGACUUAUGCAGGAACAACAAGCUGGCUGAAGUUUUGGAGGAGCUGAAGAAACUCCAUGCUGCUUCUACUCACUGUUACGCUGGACCUGGAGAUGUGGAGUGUGAUUCCUGCAUCGGGAGAAAACGCAAAGCUGUUAAUUCCUGUCUGGUUUGUCAGGCCUCUUAUUGUGAAGAACAUCUUCAACCUCACUAUCAGUCUCCUGCUUUUAAGAAGCACAAGUUAGUUGAAGCCUGUGAAGAGCUCCAUGAGAAGAUCUGCUCUGAACAUGACAAACCGCUGGAGAUCUACUGUCGUACUGACCAAAGCUUCAUCUGUUACUUGUGUACGAUGGAAAAACACAAAGGCCAUGAUACGGUUUCAACUAAAACCGAAAGAACUGAAAAACAGAAUGAUCUAAAGGAGGAGCAGAUGAAAUUCCAGCAGAGGAUAGAGGAGAAGCAGAUGAAGGUGCAGGAGCUGAAACAGACUGUGGACAUUAUUAAGACGCGUUCACAGGCAGCAGUAGAUGACAGUGAGAGGAUCUUUACUGAGAUGAUCAGCUUCAUGGAGAAAAAGCGCUCUGAGUUUACAGAGCUGAUCAGAGCUCAGGAGAAAGCUGACCUGAGUGGAGCUGAACAACUCCUGAAUCAACUGGAGCAGGAGAUUGCUGAUCUUAAUAAGAGAGUCACUGAGCUGGAGCAGCUUUCACACACACACGAUGACAUCCACUUCCUCCAGAGUUUCCCGUCUCUCUGUGUUUCUCCUGGAUGUGACGACUCACUCAGCUUCACUGUCAAUCAACAUCUCUCAUUUGAUGGAGUGAGGAAAUCUCUCUCAGAUCUGAAAAAACAAGUCGAGCAACUCUUUGAGGAGGAAUUCAACAAAAUCAGACCAGAAGCUGCAGCAGUUCAGACGGUUUUAACUUCAGAACCAGAUCGCAGAGAAGAUUUUCUGCAGUCUGCAGCAGUUCAGACGGUUUUAACUUCAGAACCAGAUCGCAGAGAAGAUUUUCUGCAGUCUGCAGCAGUUCAGACGGUUUUACCUUCAGAACCAGAUCGCAGAGAAGAUUUUCUGAAGUAUUUCUGUUGUCUGACUCUGGAUCCAAACACAGCACAUCUUCAUCUCAUUCUGUCUGAGAACAACAGAGUGGUGACUAGCGUUGAGACACAACAGCGAUACUCUGAUCUUCUAGAGAGAUUUGACUACUGGCCUCAGGUGUUGUGUAAGGAGAGUGUGUCUGGACGCUGUUACUGGGAGGUGGAGAGGAGUGGUGAUGUGGACAUAUCAGUCUCAUAUAAAGAGAUCAGCAGGAAAGGAGAGAGUAAACAAUCUAGGUUUGGACACAACAGUCAGUCCUGGAGUCUGCUGUGUUAUUCUUCCUCUGUCAUUUUCUAUCACAACAACAUUAAGACUGAGCUCCAAGGUCCAUCAUCCUCCAGAAUAGGAGUGUAUGUGGAUCACAGUGCAGGAACUCUGUCCUUCUACAGCGUCUCUGACACCAUGAGGCUCCUCCACAGAGUCCACACCACAUUCACUAAGCCUCUAUACGCUGGAUUCUGUAUAUGGAGUUAUGAUUCACCCGUGUCUUUGUGUGAUUCCAAAUAAUAUGUUUCAGUGUCAUUGUUAUGUGCAGAAACUGUAACUUUUUUAUAAUUAAGAAUCACCAAAUUCUUCAAUCCAAAAAUUCACAAAUAAUUUACGUAUAUAAUCUAUUCACAGAAUUUAGUAUGUUUGUAGAACAAAAAUGUUAUUAAACAGACUCCUUUUACAGA